AAUGCAGGCGGGGCGGAGCGAAGCAGAGCACCGCCUUUCCGAGAGAGCUGUCUCCUCCUUCUACUCCUCUUCCGACAUGGCGGCGCCGGCGGAGCUCAGCGGCCUCAGCGAUGAGGCGGCCUACGCCGCCUGCUCGGAGCCGGAUGCCAGUACGAAGGAUUUUUUAUUCCAGCAAACAAUGUUAAGAGUAAAGGAUCCUAAGAAGUCACUAGAUUUUUAUACAAGAAUUCUUGGAAUGACACUGCUUCAAAAAUUUGACUUUCCUGCUAUGAAGUUCUCACUCUAUUUCCUGGGAUACGAAGAUAAAAAUGAUAUUCCAAAAGACAAAACUGCGAGAACAGCUUGGACUUUCUCUAGAAAAGCUACACUUGAAUUGACACACAACUGGGGUACUGAAAAUGAUGAAAAUCAGUCUUACCACAAUGGAAAUUCAGAUCCCCGAGGAUUUGGACACAUUGGAAUUGCUGUUCCUGAUGUCAAUAAAGCUUGUAAGAGGUUUGAAGAACUAGGAGUGAAAUUUGUGAAGAAACCAGAUGAUGGUAAGUCUUGAUCAGAAAUACAAGUAAAAUGAAAGGACUUGCAUUUGUUCAGGAUCCUGAUGGCUACUGGAUUGAAAUUUUGAAUCCCAAUCACAUGGUGACUCUCACUUAGUUCUAAUGAAGUAUAUUAUAUGAGACUCUCACUUUCAGUCCCCUGGAGAAAAUCUGUAGCAGUGUUUAUGAAAAUCUCACUUAAUGAAGAGGAAUCAGUUGUGUUCAGAAUCUCUUAAAACUAUCUCCUGGGUCCUUGCUGUACUUGGAUUCUUUUAUUCCUGUCCUGUGAUGCCACUUCAGUUUGUUCCCAAUUAUGAAUACUCAACUGUUUUUUUUUGAAAAGCUCAUACACAGAUUCUCUUCUUGAAUAUUGAUUAUGUUAAUAUUUCACCAAGCCCUAUCAAAAGAUACAUGAUCAGAAAUUCCCUGGCUCUCACACCCUUAAACUAACAAAACAAAAAAUCCUUUGUUGCUACUGAUGAGCUUCAACAAGGAAGAAAAAAAAAAUACACCUUCAGAAUAUUUUUUUUUAAAUAAUGUCAACACAUCCUGAAGGCUUCAUGCACUAUAUUGUAGAAUAUAAAAUGUAGAAAUAAAACGUCAGACUGACUUGAGUACUAGUAUGUUUAUGAAAGUCCUUAUCUUACUUGUAUUAUAUCAGGCAAAACUCUUUAUGGAGCAGCCUUAAGCAGCCUUGCCUAGAACAAGAUACUUUGUGGAGGCAAUAAAUCAGUCCAGCAGAAAAAAAUCAGUCUUUCAGCUUCUGGCUGCUGAUUGACAGGCAAGAUAAGAGGUCUCACAGUUGCUAACUUGCCUCUUGCUCCUUCUUGUCUCUUCCAGUGCUAGACAGAACUUGCUCAUAAUUUUUAUUUCAGUGAAAGUCUGGGGCUAUGUUUAAUUUAAAUGCUGGGUACAUUCUGCAUUAGGAAAUAAAAAAUGAGUGUCUGAAAAAACGGCUUCCUACCAGUAGUGUCCUCACAAAAGCAAUGAUGGUUACUGAAAUGGUACCCGUAACCAGUAGGAAAACAUGCAACAUUUACGUAUGUUGCACAGAAUAUUUGAAUUAAUGCUAUUCCUCCUGUUACGAAUGAUGUAGACCAUAUCAGGUUUUGAAAUCCUGUACCUUCAAGAAAAAAAACCAACUCUUUGCCCUGUCUUACUAUGGCUUGAAUAGGUUAUUAUGACUAGUUAAUGUAAUGGCAUUGCAAUUCACUUCCAAGUAAAGCAUUAGUGAAAACUACAAAAUCA